GGGAUCAAAACAGAGAAGGAGUCCCCCUGCAACCUGGCAAAGAACCAGAAGACUCAUCAAACCUCGCUUUGUGGCCAUCCGUUCACUUCUCAAAUAAUUGUCUCUGCAGAGCUAAGGUCAAAUUACAUGGCUGAAAACUCAUCAAGUGGUGGUUCUUCUAUGGCUUCAGCUCCAGCAAGAUCAGAUGAUCCAGCAUGGGUUCAUGGGCAAGUGGUUGUUGGUGCAAAGAACUCAAGUAUAUGUGUUCAUUAUAGCAAAAGGAUCAAUGGUGGUGGUAUUACUCGUAUGAAGUAUCACCUUGCUGGUAUUAAGGGCCAAGUUGAAGCUUGUAAAAAGGUUCCUCCAGAUGUGAAAUGGCAAAUGAAGCAGUUGAUAGAGGACUUAACAAUGGAGAAAGAGAAAAGAAAGAGACUUAGAACUGAUAUUGGAAAUUCUCAAUCACUUUCCAAUGAUGAAGUCGAAGAGGGUGGUAGUGCAAAUCCUACUUUAAGUGAUAUCGGUUCAAAAGCAACUAAGAGAUUGACAAUGCAAGGCACAAGUGCAAAUAGAAAAAAGAUGACUUCAUUCGUUCCACGAACUACCCCAAGUUCACAACCUAGCAUUAAAAGUGCAAUGGCUUCUAAAGAGAAGGAACAUAAUGCAAGGAAGGUCAUGGCAAGAUGGUGGUAUGAUGUUAAUGUACCAUUUAAUGGUGCUAAAUCAUACUAUUAUCAACCAAUGAUAGACACCAUAACAUCAAUGGGACCUGGUUUUAAAGGACCAUCAUAUCAUGAUUUAAGGGGACCACUUUUGAAAGAUGUAGUUCAUGAUGUCCAUGAAUACCUCUUUGAAAUCAAGGCUGAUUGGAAACUUUAUGGAUGCUCCAUUAUGGCAGAUGGGUGGUCAAAUACAAGGAAUGUACCAAUUGUGAAUUUUCUUGCUUAUUCUCCAAGAGGUACCAUAUUCUUGAAGUCAGUUGACACUUCGGGUCUUCGAAAAGAUAAAGAGACAUUGCUUGAAAUGUUUGAUGAAGUUGUCAAAGAAGUGGGGCAAGAAAAUAUUGUCCAAUUUGUUAGUGAUAAUGAGGUUGCAUUCAAGGCUGCUGGGAAGGCUUUGCAACAAAGGUAUGGCACUUUCUUUUGGUCUCCUUGUGCUGCCCAUUGCAUUGAUUUGAUGUUAGAAAAUAUUUCUGCUCCAAGAUAUUUUCCGAUGAUUGAUGAAACCAUUAAGAAAGCAAGAAACAUAACCAAAUUUAUAUAUAAUCAUGCAUGGGUUUUAGCUUUGAUGAGGAAAGACUUUACUAAUGGAAAUGAUCUAUGUCGUCUUGGCAUUACAAGGUUUGCUACCCAUUUUUUAAGCAUCCAAUGUUUACUUAAGUUUAAGAAAGAGCUUCGACAAAUGUUUACUUGCAUGAAAUGGGUAGAAUCAAGUCAUGGUAAAAGUAAAGUUGGAAAGGAAAUAACUGCCAUAAUUUUACAAGAUAAAGACUUUUGGCCUCGAUGUGAACAUAUAGUCAAAGUUAGUGAGCCUUUAGUACGAUUUCUUCGGUUAGCAGAUAGUGAAGAAAAACCAUCAAUGGGUUAUUUAUAUGAGGCAAUGGAUAAAGCAAAAGAAGCCAUCAAGACAAGGUUGAAAAAUAGAGUAUCUCAAUAUGGACCAUAUAUUCGGGUAAUUGAUGCUAGAUGGGAUAAGCAACUUCAUAGUCCAUUACAUGCAGCAGGUUGUUUUCUUAAUCCUGGAAUCUAUUUUAGGCCUUCUUUUUCAAAACAAAAGGUGGUUACUCGAGGUUUGCUUAGCACAAUUACUAGAUUGGUCCCUGAUUGUGACACUCAAGAUGUAAUUAGUGGCCAACUUGAGGAGUAUAAGAAAGCAACUGGUAAUUUUGGCAUGCCUCUAGCUAUUCGUCAAAGAGAAAAGUUAAAUCCAGUUGCAUGGUGGGAGCAAUUUGGCAAUGAUACUCAAGAACUUCAAAAGUUUGCAAUUCGAAUUCUUAGUCAAUGUUGUAGUGCAACUGGGUGUGAAAGAAAUUGGAGUAUAUUUGAAUUCAUUCAUUCUAAAAGGCGCAAUAGGCUAGAGCACAAGAGAUUGAGUGAUCUAGUAUUUGUUCGUUAUAAUUUGAGGAUUCAACAGAGGAAUUUGAGCAAAACAAGGGAUGUUUUAGAUCCCAUUAGCCUCGAUAACAUUGAUCUAUUGAAUGAAUGGAUUUGUGAAGAACCUAGCCUUCUUAAUGGAGAUGAUAUAAGUUGGGAGACUAUAGAAGCACCUUUGUCUACUUUGACUUUAGAGGAUGAAGAGACAUGUUUUGAUGAAGAGAAUGAGCUUGGUGGAAAUGAUCAACUAUUGGAAUGUCUAGUUGAUGACUUUCCCUACAUACCACCACAAGAUCAAGAUCCUUAUUUCUAUGUUAAUGAUGGAGAUGAUGUUUGA